AUGCCCGACAGGAAGGGGCGAGGUCGCGGCGUGUGCCCGCUGGUCCGAGGCCCCGUUCCCAUCACGGUGCCAUUACAGGGGCCGGUGUCAUUCACGGACGUGGCCGUGGACUUCACCCAGGAGGAGUGGCAGCAGCUGGACCCUGAACAGAAGACAACCUACCGGGACGUGAUGCUGGAGAACUACAGCCACCUCGUCUCCGUGGGGUGUCACAUUAUCAAACCGGAAGUUAUCACCAAGUUGGAGAAAGGAGAAGAGCCAUGGAUAGUGGGAGGAGAAUUCCUACUUCAGAGUUACCCAGAAGAAGACUGGGAAGUCCAUGAUCUGAUAGAGGGAGCCCAGGAAAAUGAAGACAGACAUUCAAGGCAAACUGAAUCUGUCAACGACAAAACCCUGAUUGAAGAGAGAGAAUAACCUGGAAAUUUUUAUUCAAAACAUGGAGUACAGCUUCCCUGGUGGCGCAGAGGUUAAGAAUCCGCCUGCCAGUGCAGGGGAUAUGGGUUCGGGCCCUGGUCUGGGAAGAUCCCACAUGCCGCAGAGCAACUAAGCCCGUGAGCCACAACUACUGAGCCUGUGCUCUAGAGCCCGUGAGCCACAACUACUGAGCCCACGCACCUAGAGCCCACGCUCCGCAACAAGAAGCCACCACAAUAAGAAGCCCAAGCACCGCAACAAAGAGUAGCCCCUGCUCGCCGCAACUAGAGAAAGCCCGCGUGCAGCAAUGAAGACCCAAUGCAGCCAAAAAUAAACAAAUAAAUAAAAACAAAUUCAUUUUUAAAAAAUAACAAAACAUAAGAGUAUAGACUGUCAUAGCCCCAUGUCAAUCCAUGUACCCUAUGAAUCAAUCUACAGGUAAGUGAUGUAGGCCUAUGUACUUAGGAAAUGCUUUCUGAAUAAACGUAUCUAUCAAUAUUAAUAGAUGAGCAUAUCUAUUAUAUAUUAUACAUCAAAUUAAGGAAGAGUUAAAAAAAAUUAAAAGAGGCCCCCCCAGAUGGGGACAAAAGCCUCAGCAAUAACCAGAUGCUCUCAGGUGUCAGUAUAUGAUUAGGUCUGAAUUCCUUGUGGCUCAGCUGCUAAGUGAAAUGGGAAUUCUAAGAGGGGAGAGAGUAAGAAGCACUUCAAAACAAAGGUGAGUACUUGAGCUCAAACAUAAACUAAGUGUAAAAUACGCACAACAAGCAUUAACUACAUGCCAGGCACAGUCCUAAGCCCUUUCUUAAGAAUCUGGACAGGCAAACCUCAAGAAGAGGUGCAGAUGUGGGUAAGAUGUAUGAGCAGUAUUUAAAAGGAGGAUCAAAUGGAACUUACCAUAAGUUUUUUAGUAACAUCAACAAAAAAGGAUGAAUAUGGACUGAUAAUGUUUAAGAAGAGGUAUCUUAAGUAAUAGAGGA